UUUCGGUGUUCUCAGCCCUCUCAGUGCAGUGAAGUGACGCAAAUGUGUCCUUGCUCCACAAAUGUGGGAGUUGGACGUUUCAUGGCUUGCGCCCCAUUCCGACUCCAAUUCACAAAAGCAGAACAAGAGGGAGACUGAUGGCUGAAGCUUUGCAAGGACUUGAACUAGCUCAUGUACGCUGUGAAUAUUGCUCUAGAUGAGCAUUGACGCAGCUGCAGUUUCAGCCGGUGUUCAUAAGCCAUGGCAGAGCCAGUUGAGGAUUUGCUGCUGGUGUCACAAAUCCGCAGCUUGAGAUGCAAGAACACGCACGUACAGGAACAAACGACGAAGAUGUGCAGUGUCUUAGCGGAUUGGCAAAGCCGCCAGCAGCUCGAGGUCCGCAAAAGGUUGGAUUGCCGCAGGACAAUCAAGGUGAUUGAGCAGUUCGAACAUCUCUCUGCAACCAAACUGGCCUUUGCUGGGUGGAAGCAGCGCCUCAGGGAGCAAAAGCGGCAGGACUUCCUUUUGAUGUCCAAAUUGCCACCAGAAAGCGGCUUGUUGAUACAUGCGUUUCUAUCCUGGAGGUGUGCUGCGACACAGGCACGGCUGGCCUCGACACGGAAGGAGAGAGAUGAGGCAUUUGUGCUUGCUCGCAGAUCGCACCAGGCAUGUGAUGCGAAAUUGGAUGCAAUGCGCCUGCGCCUUCUGAAAGAGCGGAGAUCACGGAGAUUGGCCGACACACGAGCUGCGUUGGCGUGCUUGCAGGUCCUUGCUUCACUGGGCCAGUUGUCCUUUGGUUUGGCUCCUUGUGCUACGACGCCUGAGUUGGCGGCCUUGUGUUUCUGCGCCUGGCAGCUCUCAGUUUCUCAGGCAGCACAGGGCCAUGCCUUGCAAAACCGAAUCGGUGAAGCAGGCGUGCGUUCAUUUGAUGAGCCGAAACGGCAUAAUUUGCGCAUGUCUGUAGACCAAAUCAGCAGAGACCACAAUGCAAAAUGGCACUUGUGCCGCUUGUCCGGAAUGCCAUCGCCGGCGCACCUUUGCUUUGCUGUUUGGAGGUUGUGGUCAUCGUGUCGCUUCCGGUGUGAGAAGUUUCCCGGCAGGCUAUCUGGCAGAAUCACACAAAGGCUGCAAGCAGGGGUGAAACGUCUUUGGCUGCAGCGGUGGCAAAAUGCGCUUUGCCAGCUUCGCUUGUUUAGGUCAACUUCUGGUGCAUUCUUGCGCCGGUGUUUCAGGUAUUGGGCAGAUAUGGCACGUCAGACACACUGGAAGAGAUCUGGUAAACUGCGCGAGCCCGAAGAGAGGAGAGCCAAGGAGACGCUGUGUGCGCUGCUCCUCCUCAGUUUUAGAGGUUUGCAUAUGAAUGCCCAGGUGCAGCGGGCUGAGCGAGAAUGCAUGACGUGCGACGUGGAUGACCGAUCGACCGCAAGACAGCAAGCGGUCAAACCAACGUACGCCACAAAGGCUGUUGGCGGGGAAGAUGACGAAGGCAGCCAGGUGGAACUCUAUGGCCGCAAGCAAACCACGGUUGGUUUUGGCAUGAAACCGCAGCCGAUCGCGCGCCCAAGCGGGUUUUUGCUCCCUGAUUUGCACCUGUUAUGGGUGGCUUUCCAAGCAAUGAAAAUAUUUCCGAGGUGGCCAUCCGUGGGGUUGAGCUCUUCCAAGGCAGAAAAGCAGACGCCGAAACAGGACGGCGCAGGACUCCUGAAAGAAGCUCGAGAAGGAGCGCAAAGAAGGUCGUUGUCAGCGCCAAGUCGAAUGGACUUUCAAGGGAUAUGCAGAGGGGUUCUUCAAGGCUCCUCCCGGCCAGGUCGGGUCUAUCGCAGCUCCGCGCUUCGAGAAAGGCCGCAGGCAGUUGUAACAUCUGCUGGUCGCACCCCUGGCGACAAGGACAAAGCCAAUGUAAGCAACGCAGCCGCCCUUUCGCUUCAGGCGAUCAAAUUCAUCGCUUCGGUGGGUGUCUCAAACCCCGCUGGGCCUUUGCCUCCAGUGGAUUGCGCCUUCUCCGAGGCCCCUUCGGUCUUUUCCAGUCCAGGGAGAAGCUCGGUUUCUGGAGAUUUUCGAGCAGGUUCGCCGCCAGCAAGCCCGGAGCAGUGGCCCUUCAGUGCUCGCAUUGUGGAGAACCCGCUCCGGUAAGCUCAAGUUCAGUGCUGAGUUUUCCACAGAGUUUUUUGGCUGAAUGCGAUGGCCUCCAACCUAGAGUUUUUUGGCUGAAUUCAAACCUUUUAAUUCACUCAAGAUUGCACUCUACAUGUAAAACGCAGACAGGGCAACGCCCUUCCAUGCUGGAAAAGGUUGCAGCAUUGAUAUGAGUGGACCAGCCGAAUCCGUUUGUGCCUUUCUGAAUGAGAGAUGAUCAGGCAAUCGAACAUAUUGGGGGAUGUAUAUAUCCCAUGUCCUUUUUCAAACACAAAAGAUUGGAUUUUGGCAACCC